AUGGAGAAGAGCGAGAGCGAGACUCGCGACUUCAUGAACGUCGAAUCAUUCUCUCAGCUACCCUUUAUUCGUCCGGCUCCAGUCAAAGAAAAGGCCAUCAGGCUCUUUGGUAAAGAAUUUGUAGGUGACUCAUCAGCUAAUGAUGAAUCCGAGCCCAGUGAAAUUAUUUCUCGAGAAGAGACUAAAACCAACGAUAAUGGGGAUGGCGGUAGAAAAUUCGAAUGCCACUAUUGUUACAGAAACUUUCCCACCUCUCAAGCUCUAGGAGGCCACCAGAAUGCACACAAGAGGGAGCGCCAAAAUGCUAAACGUGCGCAUCUUCAAUCUGCACUCAUACAUAAUGGCCUAUCUGACCCUCACGUUUAUGGUGUCAUGAAUUAUCGCCUUGGCUCAGCACCACCUGCAGCCAUGGCUUAUCAUCAUUCUUGGAGCAAUAGAAGCAAUUAUUCCUACGCUAGUGACUCAAGAUUAAACGGUACUCACCAUGGAUCCUACACGCAACCACCUGUCAAUGGGAGUCCCUCGGCCUUGUGGAGAGUCCCAUCCCUUCAAAGCUCCCCUACUUUUAUGCAUCAGCUCCCAUCGUUCUAUGACGGUCACUUGAAGCCAUCAUCAAAUGGUAACCCUAAUUCCCGAAACCGGUUGGGAUAUGAAUCGAAGCCAAGCAUGCAAGAGGGUCAUGUGAGUUUGGAUUUACAUCUCUAG